AGACGCUUCACCUUUCCUUGUAUUGAAAGAAUAAUAGUUUUGAGUUUCCAUUUCCCUCUCCCUCUCUCCCUCUCCUUCUCUCUCCAAACAAGAAAUUCUCUCUGAUCCUCAAUUCAGAAGAAAUUUCAAAUCUUUUUGCAGCCCAUAGCGCGAGAUUUGAAGAUAAAGAUUGAAAGAAACGGAGAUUUGGGAUGGAUGAAGGAGGCGGAUCAGUAAAUUCAACUGCGACGGCGACUGGAACGGAGACGUCGUCGUCGUAUCCUUCGAAUUCGAUUCUUUCGAAUUAUCCAUUGAUAUCAGCUCUUUUCGCCUUCGCGAUUGCGCAGUCAAUGAAGGUUUUCUCCUCAUGGUAUAAGGAAAACCGUUGGGAUCUCAAGCAACUCGUUGGCUCCGGGGGCAUGCCCUCGUCUCAUUCAGCAACCGUUGCUGCUCUUGCAGUGGCCAUCGGUUUCCAAGAGGGUUUCGGAGGAUCACAAUUCGCCCUUGCACUAAUCUUGGCAUUUGUGGUGAUGUAUGACGCCACUGGAGUAAGAUUACACGCUGGGCGUCAAGCAGAGGUUUUGAAUCAAAUCGUAUGCGAGCUUCCAUCUGAACACCCUCUUGCUGAGAGCAGGCCCUUGCGCGAACUUCUUGGUCACACUCCUCCUCAGGUUGUUGCUGGGGCAACGCUGGGGCUAGUCACAGCAGCAGUAGGCCAUUUCAUAUUCAACACUGGCGAACGAGCUUGAUGAUGCUCGAUUCCAAUCUCAUUUAGUCGAGCCCUUCAAGACGACGACCACUGCUCAACCAACGCAGGUUUGGUGCAUCAGACUCGUCUACUAUCUCUAAGAAGCGAAGAUUAGAUUAGUUUAUUAAAAGUGCAUUUUCUUGAUUUCCAGUUUAUGAAAAAAUGUGAAUAGCAGAGUUGGCUGUAGGGAGAAAGCUACCAUUGUUAUAGAACAUUGCCAUAUUCAGUGACUGAAAAUUGCACAUUCUGGAUCAUAUUUUUGAGUAUAUAAAAAAAGAGGUCAUUCUUUAGCUA